GAACCAUGUGACCACAGAUCACAUGACCGUCCUUUCCCUGUCACUUUGUGCGAAUUCUGUCAAUCUCUAGAACCAUGUAGAUAAACGCUUAUUUGUCAGAUACGUAUUUUAUUUGGUGACUUUUGGGUCUAUGUAUUUUUUAUUUUUCCGUCGUAUUUGCGACACCAGUUAAUUUCAGAUCUCGAGUUAUAGAUUUCUGGCUUCUCCUUACACAGCUAGCUGGCUGUGGAAUUCUUUUCUGACGCACUGGUGUGCAGUUUCAUUUCCCCCUGCUAAAAACCUCUAGCGACUGUAUAUAUGGCUUCGAUACUAGACGAGUAUGAAGACUCGCAAAAUAUGAGUCGUCCGGGUCAUCAGAAUAGAAUUUCUGCCUCGAACAUUGGGAUAACUCAUUCAGGAUUUGUCAAUGUGCGGCUGGAGGAAGAGAAGCCGAUAUUCCACAAACAAAGGAUCGACUUUUCACCUCCCGAAAAGAUUAACUACUUUGUUGUGUGCAACAAUCAGCUAUGUAUGAGUCUGGGGAAGGAUACGCUGUUAAGGAUCGAUCUGGGAAAACCUGACCAACCCAAUCAGAUUGAAUUGGGUAGAAAAGAUCAAAGCAGCGUUUAUAAACUUUUCCUGGAUCCCACAGGUUCCCAUCUGGUGAUCAGCCUAAUCACAAACGAGUGCCUGUACCUGAACAGGAACACCCAGAAAGUGCGCAGCCUUUCUCGGUGGAAGGGACACCUGAUCGAGAGUGUGGGCUGGAAUAAGCUCUUGGGUACGGAGAGCACCACGGGCCCCGUGCUGGUAGGGACGAGUCAGGGCCUGAUCUUCGAGGCCGAGAUCUCUGCCUCAGAGGGCAGUCUGUUCAACACUAACCCGGACCAGUACUUUAGGCAGGUCCACUGUCUGGAGGAAGAUGGCGAACCUACGCCCGUCUGCUGCCUGGAGGUGGAGCGGGGCCUCGAGUCCAAGUACUUCAUCAUCGCCACGACACGAAAACGCCUCUUCCAGUUUGUGGGGAAGGUCGCUGAUGGCUCAGAGCAGCAGGGAUUCAGCUCCAUCUUCAGUCAGAACCAGGACCUCCUGCCUAGCUUCCAGGAGUUUCCGGUGAACAUGGGCUAUAGUGAGAUCGCCUUUUACACCUCAAAGCUCCGGUCCUGCCCCAAGGCCUUUGCCUGGAUGAUGGGUAAUGGAGUCCUGUAUGGCCAGCUGGAUUAUGUCCGGCCCGACUCGCUCCUGAGCGAUGUCCAGGUGUGGGAGUAUGUGGACAGCGUGCACACAGUGAAGCCUCUCUCCAUCGUCCUGACACAGUUCCACUUCCUGCUACUCUUCUCCGACCGUGUAAAGGCGGUGUGCACCCUGAACGGCCAGGUGGUCUAUGAGGAUGUCUUCCCGGAGAAAUUUGGUGCCUUGAGAAAGAUGCUGAAGGACCCGGUCUGUGGGCUUGUGUGGAUCUACACGGAGAAAGCCGUCUUCCGCUACCACAUCCAGAGGGAAGCGCGGGACGUCUGGCAGAUGUACAUGAGCAUGGAGAAGUUCGACCUGGCUAAGGAGUACUGCCGGGACCGGCCGGAGUGCCUAGACAUCGUCCUGGCCAAAGAGGCUGAGCACUGCUUCCAAAACAAGCGGUAUGUAGAGAGCGCCAAGUGCUACGCCCUGACCCAGAACUACUUUGAGGAGAUUGCACUGAAGUUCAUAGAGGCGCAGCAAGAGGAGGCUCUGAAAGAAUUCCUGCUGAAGAAACUGGGCAGCCUCAAGCCUGCCGAGAAGACUCAGGUCACCUUGCUGGUCACCUGGCUGACGGAGCUCUACCUGAAUCGGCUGGGCGUUCUGGAGGCGGACGACUCCAAGAAGAGCGUGGCCAUGGAGACGCGCAGCGAGUUCCGCAGUUUCAUUGCCAACCCCAAAUACAAGGACUGUUUCUACAACAACCGCGGCACCAUCUACGACUUGCUGGCUAGCCACGGCAACGUGGACGACAUGGUCUACUUCGCCGUCAUCAUGCAGGACUACGAGAGGGUCAUCUCUCACCACUGCCAGCACGAUGACUACGGCGCCGCCCUGGAGGUGCUAUCUAAGCACUGCGACGUGAAGCUUUUCUACAAGUUCUCCCCCGUACUAAUGCAGCAUAUACCCACGCGGGUGGUGGAAGCUUGGAUCAACAUGGGCAAGAAGCUGGAUGCUAAAAAGCUCAUCCCCGCUCUGGUCAACUACAGUCAGAUUGGCAGCACCCAGCAGAUCAAUGAGACCAUCCGGUACAUGGAAUUCUGUGUGUAUGAGCUAACGGUGAAGGAUGAGGCCAUCCACAAUUAUCUUCUGUCCCUAUAUGCGAAGUACAGGCCGGAUUCACUCCUGUGGUACCUGGAGCAGGCCGGCAUUCACGCCUCGGAUAUUCACUACGACCUCAAGUAUGCACUGCGGCUGUGCGCCGAGCAUGGGCACCACCAGGCCUGCGUCCUGGUGUACAAGAUAAUGGAGCUGUAUGAGGAGGCUGUCGACUUGGCUCUGCAGGUGGAUGUGGACCUGGCAAAGUCCUGUGCAGACUUGCCCGAGGAUGAUGAAGAGCUGAGGAAGAAGCUGUGGCUGAAGAUCGCACGGCACGUAGUGCAGGAGGAGAAGGACGUGAAGAAGGCUAUGAACUGCCUGUCCAGCUGCAACCUGCUGAAGAUCGAGGACAUCCUGCCCUUCUUCCCAGACUUCGUCACCAUCGACCACUUCAAGGAGGCCAUCUGCAGCUCCCUGGAGGAGUACAACAAGCACAUCGACGAGCUGAAGCAGGAGAUGGAGGAGGCCACCGAGAGUGCCCGCCGCAUCCGGGAGGACAUCCAGCAGAUGAGGAACAAGUACGGUGUGGUGGAAUCCCAGGAGAAGUGUGCCACCUGCGACUUCCCCCUGCUCAACCGGCCCUUCUAUCUCUUCCUGUGUGGCCACAUGUUCCACUACGACUGCCUCCUCCAGGAGGUGACGCCCCACCUGUCAUCGUACAAGCAGGCCAAGCUGGAUGAGCUGCAGAAAAAAUUGGCGGCGGCCAGCCAGCCCAGUAAAGCCCGGCACCGAAUCCGGGAGGAGGACACGGCGACACCAGGCAAGGAGCAGCUGAGCCGCGAGCAGAUCAAGUCAGACAUCGACGACAUCGUGGCCGCCGAGUGCGUGUAUUGCGGUGAACUGAUGAUCAAGUCCAUCGACAAGCCCUUCAUCGACCCACAGAAGUAUGACGAGGAGAUGUCCAGCUGGCUGUGACGGGAAGCACGUGCCGGAGACAAACCGGAGUUGUCGGUACCAAAGCUCCCCGCCCCCCGCAAGACGACCUGCCGCCCUGCUCUGCGACAGCAAACUGCCAUCAUGUAGAGCAAUGGAUAGCCCCGUGUUGCACUGUCAUGCUGUGCUUGUAGCUGCCUGCUCCCCGGCUGAGAAAACGCCAUUAAAGUUUGCAAGUGGUGAAAGAUCAGAUCUUGUUUUCUGUAUGUAAGAGCACCUAAACACUCCCUCCCUUGAAAAAUGGCAUUUGAGGUGUUUCAAGUUUGCCUUUGGAAGAGAACUUUCACUAAAAAUAUUUCUUGUUAUAAGUGUGCACUGUACAUUUCUUUCGUCCGAGUAUGACGUCACGUUUUUAAUUCUUUUGUAGUUUUUGCAGCUAGGUCAUGAUACAUUGAAUAAAUCUUGUAAAUUGGGAUUUUGUACCAAAAAUCAAACCUGUGAUUCUGUAACCCUGAACGUACCUUUCUCCACAGCCGCAGUAAGUUUGUGUCUCAUUAGCUGCAAAUUAACGAUCCAGCAGGAGUCCACACAUGACGGAGGAAUGGGGACCAAAUGUGAUAUAAAUGAACAAUGUCAAAUAUCUUGAAUUUUGUUAUUGCUGGGAUUCGGGGUUUCCCAUAGAAAUGAAUGGAGAAUCACCACAAAGAUGGGAAUACAAACGUGUGUGAGGAAAAGUGGCUGUGUGAGGCGUGGUGUUUGUAUACUGUCAGGACUGCCUUCUCUGCUCUGAUACAAGGAAAGUAUCUGCAUAGAUCUGCUUUAGUGGUGAAAUUCAGUUACGUACAGCAGCAAAGGAAUAUAAAGUGUUGAGACCCAAACAUAGUGCGGAUAAGAAUGAAUAAAAAUGAAUAAACAGAUUAAUCCACAUUA